AGGACGACCAACAUGUGGCUGGCAUAAAACGGCGCCGAUGCCCAGCGCAACGCGCGCGCACUGCGCUCACAUCUAGUUGCCACAUUCGCGAAUCAACGCCCCCAUUGUAACAUUCACACGACGCCAGUAUGUCAGUCGCAUCCGCACCCGGAACAGGAGGCUUCCUCAAAUACAACAAUGGCCCGCCCAAGGUAUUCAUCACCGACUCAACUCCCCACCCACCUGAAAAAGCGCUCCUCUCCUGGAAAGAAGAAGGCUAUGAGGUAUCGUACCUCCAAUACGACCCAUCUGCACAAUCCUCCUACAUCCGUACCGUUCAAAGCCUGAGCAGCAAUCUUCAGCUGGGCGAGCACUAUGCGCUAAUAGCCUACGGCGCAGCAGCCAGCGUCGUGCUGAAGACCGCCAUGAAGCCGCUGAACAAGUGCUGUGCAAUCGUCGCCUUCUACCCGCCCGUCUUGCCUGGCGUUAAAGUGAAAUACCCCGAGAGCACGAAUCCGCAGGUCCACGUCGCGAGCAAGAGCAUGAGCAGUCCGCAUCCAGAAAUGGUCGACUGGAAGUUGUACCGCUACGCUGACUGCGCGACCGGAUUUGCCGACCCAAACUCCAAGGCGUACUCACCGGGUGAAGCAAAUUUGGCGUGGAGCAGGGCGCUGGCGUGCGUGCGCAGGGGGUUUAAGUUGGAGAUUGAUCUCGAGCCCGUGGUGCAGAACUUUUGGAACGCAAAGUACGAAGACGAUGUGCCCGAGAGAGCAAGUAUGAGCGUAGUAAAGAAUAUGACGCAGAACAGUCCGCAUGUCACAUUGCUCCCCACUCUACAGGGCGGCGUGGGGAGAAAGAAGCUCGAGGAGUUCUACAGAGAGUUCUUCGUUCCCAGUCUAGUUGAGGACUUCAAAAUACGGUUGGUUUCAAGGACAAUGGGCGUUGAGCGUAUCGUGGAUGAGAUGGUGGUAUCUUUCACGCAUUCAGAUGAGGUGGAUUGGAUUCUGCCCGGCGUUCAAGCAACAGAUAAGUAUGUUGAGAUUGCCAUGGUCAGUGUGGUAGCGGUCAGAGGAGGAAAAUUGGUCUCCGAGCACAUGUACUGGGACCAGGCCUCUGUCCUUGUGCAAGUUGGUCUACUGGACCCAAAACUGGUGCCUACAAAGUUCAAGAAAGAGGGAACGAAACAACUCCCGGUCGCUGGCGCUGAGGCGGCAAAACAACUUGUCGAUCCGCAGCAGGGCAGGUACAAUAAGCUGCUACACAUGCACGGCCUGUUCGACGGUAUCGACGGUAAUUGAAUGCUAGGAAGCACAUUUCAACGAAGCUCUUUUG